AUGAAGGUCGAACAAUACAGUUUGGAGGCUCGCAGCCGCGCCAUUGGCAUGCUCCAAGCCGGCAAGACGCAGAGGGACGUUGCCUCACACUUUGGGGUCCCAGUCCUCACCAUCAAACGCUGGUGGAAGAAGUUUAAGGAGGCAGGGAGCGUCGCAGAUAGACCGCGGUCAGGGCGCCCUUCCAGCAUCUCGACCGUCGCCAAGAUCGUGAUGAAGAAAGCGGCUGGAAAAUCUGGCCACUCGGCGAGGAAGCUGUCCAAACAGCUCACUCGGAAGAAAUAUCCGGUGUCCGAGAGGACUGUCCGCCGGUACUGGAGGAACACCCUUGGACUGAAGGCCUACAAGAUCCGCAACGAGCGAGUGUGGGCUGAGAACCCGGCUGAAGUCCCGAAGGCGUUCAGCGUCAAAUUCCCGCCGAAACUGAUGGUGUGGGGCAUGAUGUCCUACGAGGGAUUGAGCCAGCUGCACGUGAUCCCGCAGAAGACGUCGGUCAAUGCCGAGUACUACGUGGAGCACAUCCUCGAGGAAGUCUGCCUCCCUGCCAUCAACAGGACGGCCACGACGGGCUCCGUCCUCACGCGCCGCAUGGUCGAGCGCAGGUCGGACAGCAUUUUCAUGCAGGAUGGCGCUCCAGCUCAUCGGUCUGCCAGAGCGCAGAAGUGGUGCCGGGAGCACCUCCCCAACUUCUGGGCUAAGGACACGUGGCCAGGGAACAGCCCUGACCUGAAUCCAAUUGAAGAGCUCUGGGGGAUAAUGCAGCAGGAGCUGGACAAGAAAAAACCUCCCAGCAACCUUGGACAGCUCGAGAAGGCGCUCAAGAGGACGUGGGCGAGCAUCAGCCCACAGACUCUGAAGAACCUGGUGGCCAGCAUGCCCGCACGUGUCUCACUCUGUGUCCAGCUUCGUGGAGAAUACAUUGACCGCUGA